UAUUAGGCGGGACGCUUUGGACCUGCGCAACAAUGUCGCAUGCUUUAGGCAUUUUGAUUUAAAAAAAUUAAUUUACAGAUAAGAAAAAAAUCGGUUUGAAACAUUAUUUUACCGUGUAAUGUAUGUUUUUAGAUGUAAUACUGUUUCGGUUCGAACAAUCACGGGGUGAAAAUCUAUUUUUAAAUGGUACCAGUCGGAGUAGCGAAGCUCCCAGAAUUCCAAACAUACGACGUCAACAUGGCGGACGAACUUAAAAAUUCCUAUCAUCCCAUCGUAAACUGUAAAAAUACUCGCAAUGGUCAUUACAUCACCAAACACCUCAUAAACCUUAAUCAAACCAUGGGCUGUGAUAUGUUUAAAUUUGAAAAUGGUCAUGUUCCAAAUUCAAACCUACCGAUGAUUUUCCCUUUAUAACUUAAUCGGAACAUAAAAACAUCCCUUCAAUUAACACCAGUACUUUGCUAGACUUGGAUAGGAGCCCCAAAAUGUCCAGUGAAAGCAUCAGCAUAAAACAAGAGCUCGAUGAUGACGAUUCCAAUAUGGAAAUUGACGACGACGUACCCCGUUUAGGACCGGCCACAUUCGGUUUACAAAGAGUAGGAGCUCCGAUCACCCCAAAACCGUCACCAUCACAACCGACACAGGUACUCAAUGCCCGAGGUAUGCCUGCAAGAAUACGGAAGAAAAAUCGUUUGUUUUACGACGAUGACAUCGUGAAUACACCUCACCAUAGAGUACCAUCGGCGAAAAAGCAAAAACACACCCCUCAAAAACGACAGAAAUUAACCCCAACAAAAAGUUACAAAGACGUUUUAAAAUAUAGCGUUAAAAAGUUUGCUAAGGAACAAAAACCAGUUAUCGGGAAUACCCCACCCCCAAUACAAUCAUCCGAUCGAAAAAUUGGCCAAAAAAUCGGUAUGAGACUAAGAAAUUUAUUAAAAUUACCCAAAGCUCAUAAAUGGGUUUGUUACGAAUGGUUUUAUAGUAACAUAGACAGAUGCUUGUUUUCUGGUGAUAAUGACUUUACUAUAUGCUUAAAAGAAUCAUUUCCUGAGUUAAAAACAAGAGAGUUAACUCGUAUUGAAUGGACGAAAAUUCGUAGGAUGAUGGGGAGGCCAAGAAGGUGUUCUCAAGCUUUCUUUGACCAAGAACGCCUUGAUUUAGAAAAAAAACGAAACAAAAUUAGAGCGUUACAACAAAGAAAAGCAACAGAUUUCGCCAACUUUCAAGAUUUACCAUCAGAAAUCCCAAUGCAAUUAGUUAUCGGUACAAAAGUAACCGCAAGACUAAGAAAACCACAAGAUGGGUUAUUCACAGGAAGUAUCGACGCUGUGGAUACAUCAAACAACACCUACAGAAUAACAUUUGAAAGACAAGGAUUAGGAACACAUUCCGUUCCUGAUUACGAAGUCCUUUCAAACGAACCACCGGAGACGAUGACAAUAUCAAAUUUCCAAAAUAAGUUCCGCCCAAGGAACGGACUCUCCCCAUACUCAGCAGUAAGAAGCCCUCCAUAUUCAGCAACAAAACUAAAAAAGGAUCCGUUAUUAUCCAUGGUAAAUAAACCACUGUUUACGAGUGCUGAACGGAUUGGUGGAUUUCCAACAAAACUUUUAGAAAAAAUUGUUUUGGUUACAAAGAUUUUGACGAAAAAGAAAGAAAAAAUCACCGUUUUAAAACGAAUGAAUUCAGAAGCUGAAAAGAUCCGUUCUUUUAAUAAAUCCAUAAAUUCGCUUAGUGAUGAUUUUGAGAGAAAAUACGCAACGGUUUUAGUUGAGUUAGAAAAAUUAAAUGUCGAUCUCGAAAAGUAUUUAGAUGAAAUGCAAACGUACUGUCAAGAAAUUGCUUUAGAACCAAGUGUUGCAGCUAUGUUGGCUCCAAGUCAUUUACGAGAAAAAUGUCGAAUCGAAGCCACAGAAAUUGUACAUAGAUACAAUAUGGUUCCAAGUGGAGAUCGAGAACCCGUUAAAAGUAAAUCGAUCUUAGAUUUAAUUACGGAUUUAACCGCUUUAAUGCUUCAAGUGCGGAGUUUGUCCGAUUCCGAUCAAAACGCGUAUGAAUUACAAGUAUUGGAAGGUACGAUGGAACAAAUUAAACGAAAAUUAACACCAGGAAAUGUUACAAAGUUCCAAAGUAACGUUGAAGUGCACAUGAAGCAUAUUCAAGUCGGUUUGAGUCAGUCUUUCAAUGGUAAUGCAAGUUUGAAUACAGUUUUGAAUGUGAGCAAACCGUGAUGGCACCUUAACAAUUAUAAUUUUCUUUCACUUUUUUGCGAACAUGUGCUUAGGUGUGCAAUAAUCAAGAAACAUUCUAUUGUUUUUCUUUAUUCUUUCUUUAUAAGUGGAACUUUAAUCAUUUAUAUUAUUACACUUUGAUAAUGUAUUUUAGAUGGUAUACAUACUUUUUUUCUGCAAAAAAUUGGUUAACCUUGAUAAUUUGUAUAUUUUCUAAUUUUUAGAUUUAACCAUUUGUGAGCGUGUAAAAACAGAAACCUAAAUGCAUGUGAAGCGGUGUUUUCCUAAUUUUUGAUGAUUUAUAUUCGUCAAGUUUAUAAACAGAUGUAUAUAUAAAUAUAAGAAAUAUUUGCUAGUGUUACUUGUAGAUGUGAAAUGCUGUUUCUUACAAUUUAAAAAUUUUUGGAAAGGGGUAACUGAUUUAUUUGAAAAAGAUUUCUGAUAUAGAAUAAAAUU